AUGGCGAGGCGGACACGGGGACACUUAGUGGCUCUGACGCCGAAUUUACGCACUGCUUUUCGGAAUAAACGAGCAGGGAUUUACAGGCGCAUGGUGGCAUUUUCUUGGAGCUUCGUGUUCAUUUGCUCGGCUCUAUCGUUUGGAUAUUGCGGAGCUGAGGAGUUUAAUAUCUUGGAGGAAGCGCAAGUUUUGGCUGAUCAAAUGAAAAAGCUGUCCACGCAGGAACUGGGUGUUUUUACAAUGCAGCGGAUAUUCAACUCUUUCGUGUACACGGAGAAGACCUCAAACGGGGAGACAGAGGUGCAGCAGUUGGCCAAGAAGAUCCGUGAGAAGUUCAACCGUUACCUAGAUGUGGUGAACCGGAACAAGCAGGUGGUGGAGGCUUCGUACACAGCUCACCUCACCUCCCCCCUCACCGCCAUCCAGGACUGCUGCUCCAUACCUGCCUCUAUGAUGGAAUUUGAUGGAAACUUCAAUACGAAUGUGUCCAAGACCAUCUGCUGUGACAGGCUGUCCCCAAAUGUCAACAGCCGAGCCUUCAACCCUGGACGCGAUCUAAACUCAGUGUUGGCAGACAACUUGAAGUCUAACCCUGGGAUCAAAUGGCAGUAUUUCAGUUCAGAGGAGGGCAUCUUCACUGUGUUUCCCGCCCACAAGUUCCAAUGCAAAGGGACCUACGAGCACCGCAGCAGGCCUGUGUACGUCUCUGCGGUCCGUCCUCAGUCCAAACACAUUGUGGUGAUGGUCGACCAUGGAGCCUCUGUCACUGAAACCCAACUCCAGAUCGCCAAAGACUCAGCCCUGGUCAUCCUGAACUCCAUCGAUGAGCAUGACAAAAUUUCUAUUCUCUCAGUGGCAGAGUCAGUACGAGCCUGUUCUCUGGACCAGUGCUACAAGUCCCUGCUCUCCCCGGCCACCAGUGAGACCAAGAGGAAGAUGAGCACCUUCAUCUCUAAUAUAAAGGCGUCAGAUGGGUCCACACAACACUCAGCGGGCUUCCAGAAGGCCUUUCAACUGCUCAGAAACACCACCAGCCUCACCAAGCACCCCACAAUGUUUAAUUCGGUGACAGCCACAGACAUGGUGAUCAUCUACUUGUCCUCGGGCAUCACAUCUCGGGAGUCUUCAGAGCAGGAGAAGAGGGCGACGCUGAGUGUGGUCCGGGAAGAGAACCGUCUCCUCAACAACUCCGUCAUGAUCCUCACCUACGCUCUCAUGAACGAGGGAGUAACAGGUCUGAAGGAGUUGGCCUUCCUCAGAGACUUGGCUGAGCAGAACUCGGUGAAAUACGGCAUGGACCGGACGUUUGAGCGGGAGAGGUUUUUGGCAGCGUCGUCGUCAGGGUCGGUGGGUGGGGCCAUGAUGCCGGUCGUCAAGGGGAGCAUGAUGGUGCUGAAUCAGCUCAGUAAUUUGGAGACCACAGUGGGGCGGUUCUACAUCAACUUACCCAACCGAAUGAUAGACCUGGCCCGCUUCAGCCUGCCCUACUCUGACCCUAUGGGAGAUGGGUUUAUUAUGACCGUGAGCCGGCCCUGUUACUUUGGAAACCUGCUUUUGGGCGUGGUCGGAGUGGAUGUCAACCUGGCUUACAUUUUGGAGGAUGUCACCUAUUAUCAAGACUCCCUGGCCUCAUACACCUUCCUCAUAGACAACAAAGGUUACACUUUGAUGCAUCCCUCCCUGAUUCGGCCCUACCUCAUGACGGAGCCUCCACUGCACACGGACAUCAUCCACUACGAGAAUAUCCCCGGAUUCCCUGCAGUUCGACAGAAUAUUCUCAGCCUCCCUUUGGGCAGUCAGAUCAUCGCUGUACCAGUCAACUCCUCCCUGUCCUGGCACAUGAACAGACUGAGAGACAACAGUAAAGAUGCCUACAAUGUCAGCUAUGCCUGGAAACUUGUCCAGGACACCUCGUUCAUCUUGUGUAUAGUGUACGUUCAGCCUGAGAUCCCAGUGAAACAGCUGAAAAACCUGAACACUGCUCCCAGCUCCAAACUGCUCUACCACCGUCUGGACCUCCUCGGACAGCCCAGCUCCUGCCUGCACUUUAAACAGCUCGCCACUGUUGAGUCUCCCACUGUGAUGUUGGCAGCAGGUAGUUUCUCCUCUCCGUACGAGCACCUGAGCCAGCCUGAGACCAAGAGGAUGGUGGAGCACUACACGGCCUAUUUGAGUGACAACACGAGACUCAUCGCCAAUCCCGGCCUCAAGUCCUCUGUCAGGAACGAGGUAAUGGCGACUAGUCACGUCACGGAUGAGUGGAUGACAUUAAUGGAAAUGAGUAGCCUCAACUGCUACAUUGUGCGUCGUUACAUAGCAACGCCCAGUGGGGUGCUCCGGAUUUACCCAGGAUCCCUCAUGGACAAAGCCUUCGACCCCACCCGCAGACAAUGGUACCAGCAUGCAGUGGCGAACCCGGGCCUUAUCACGUUCACGGGCCCAUACCUGGAUGUGGGCGGAGCUGGUUAUGUGGUCACUAUCAGUCACACCAUCCACGCCUCCAGUAAUCAGAUGGCCCCUGGUUACGCAGUGGCAGUGAUGGGUAUAGACUUCACCCUGCGUUACUUCUAUAAGGUGCUUCUGGACCUACUGCCCGUCUGCAACCAGGACAAGGGCAACAAAAUCAGGUGCUUUAUAAUGGAGGACAGGGGUUACCUAGUGGCACAUCCGACUCUCAUUGAUCCCAAAGGCCACGCUCCUGCAGAACAACAGCACAUCACACACAAGGAGCCGCUGGUAGCUAAUGAUAUUCUGAACCAUCCAAACUUUGUGAAGAAAAAUCUGUGCAAUAGUUUCAGUGACCGCACAGUGCAGCGUUUCUACAAGUUCAACACGAGUAUUGUGGGGGACCUCACAAACUUGGUCCACGGAAGUCACUGUUCUAAAUAUCGCCUUACACGGAUCCCAGGGACCAACGCUUUCGCUGGGAUUGUGAACGAGACCUGUGACUCUCUGGCCUUCUGCGCCUGUAGCACUGUGGACCGCCUCUGCCUUAACUGCCACAGAAUGGAGCAGAAUGAGUGUGAAUGUCCAUGUGAGUGCCCCCUGGAGGUCAAUGAAUGUACCGGCAACCUCACCAAUGCUGAGAACAGGAAUCCGAGCUGUGAAGUUCUCCAGGAGCCUCUCAGUCUGAAUGUGAUUGACCCCAGUUUGCACGACACACUACCUCAGUGCAUCAACACGCGAUGCAGCCAAAGAUUCACCAGCAGUGAUUGUUUUGGAGUGCUGGACUGCGAGUGGUGCAUGGUGGACAGUGAUGGAAAGACCCACUUGGACAAGCCGUACUGUGCCCUGCAGAAGGAGUGCUUUGGGGGCAUUGUGGGAGCCAAGAGCCCCUACGUGGAUAAUCUGGGACUAUUAGAAGAAGACGUGGCCUCUCUGAACAUGAUCAAGAGCGCCCCCGUUGGGCCUGUGGCGGGAGGUAUUAUGGGAUGCAUCAUGGUUCUGGUCCUGGCUGUUUACGCCUAUAGACACCAGAUCCACAGACGAUCACAUCAGCACAUGUCUCCCUUAGCAGCACAAGAAAUGUCCGUGAGAAUGUCCAACCUCGACAACGAGCGCGAUGAGAGGGACGAAGACAGCCACGAGGACAGAGGAAUAAUUAGUAACACCAGGUUCAUCGCCGCGGUGAUCGAGAGGCACACACACACCCCAGAGCGCAGGAGGAGGUACUGGGGCCGGAGCGGGACUGAGAGCGACCACGGCUACAGUACCAUGAGCCCGCAGGAGGACAGCGAAAACCCGCCCGGCAACAACGACCCCCUCUCGGCCGGCGUCGACGUCGGCAACCACGACGACGAUCUGGACCUGGACACGCCCCCUCAGACGGCCGCGUUACUCAGCCACAAGUUCCACCCGUACAGGCACUCCCACUCACACCACCACCCGCUCCACACGCACACGCACCACCUACAAGCGGCUGUGACCGUGCACAGCGUGGACGCCGAAUGCUGA